GUUCCGGUUGGAGCACCGAGGAGGCGGGCAGAGAGGGCUUAAAACCGGCUGGAAAGUUGUGUUUGGACUCAGCGAAGUUCGGCUCGAUUGGACUGUGAGCUUCAAACGUCGCAUGGCUUUCAGAGAAAUCAUGUUGACAUCUAAUUUAAGUAUGGUGAUUUCACCAGAAGCGUUAGCAAACACGGUUAUAUCGUAGUUGUUUAUCUUAACGCACGGAACCAUCAUGGCAAACAGGACUGAGGUGUUCGUCUCGGAACAGGUGGUCGUGUUGUGUACCUGCGUUCUGUCGUUUUUGGGAUCUUCUCUGAUCAUCAUCACCUACAUUAUUUGGUCAGAUUUGAGGACAACUCCGAGGAAACUGUUGGCUUACCUUUCGGUGACUGACUUGUUGUCUGCCGUCUCAUACGCUUACGGAGUCUGGAGAGCUUUCCUCACCGACUCGGUGGACUGCGUCGUUCAGGGAGCGAUAUCAACUUUCGCCAACACCAGCAGUUUUUUCUGGACCGUCGCUAUCGCUGUGUACCUGUACGUUUUCAUUGUGAGAUCCAGCCAGAGAGUCGCUGAUAGCCUGGUGACACUGUUCCACCUGGUCAGCUGGUGUGUUCCGUUGAUCAUCACCGUCACCGCUGUGAGUCUCCAGAAGAUCGGUUAUGAUGCAUCAGAGGUGUCGGUGGGCUGGUGCUGGGUUAAGAUCCACGCUAAGGACCAUGUCCUGUGGAUGCUGUUGACUGGAAAGAUCUGGGAGUUCCUGGCUUACCUCACACUCCCUGUGCUCUACAUCUUGAUCAAGAGACACAUCCACAGAGCGCACGCCGCCCUGUCCGAAUACCGUCCCAUCUUGGCUAACGGCCCUCAAUCAAACUCCUUUACGUCCAUGGCGGACAUGAAGCUAACCCUCAUUCCCAUCAUCUUCAUCUUCCUGCGCAUCUGGAGCACGGUGCGCUUUUUGCUUUUGCUCACUGACUCCCCGGUCAGACAGCACCCGGUUUUGGUCACACUGCACGGAAUCGGGAACACCUCUCAGGGAGCAGCUAACUGCAUCAUGUUUGUUUUGUUCACCCAGCCGAUCCGCACACGCCUCUUCUCUGCUCUCUGUUGCUGCUGCUCUAGGAGUCGAGCAGAGGAGCAGCGCGGCUCCUGACAAGAGGCUGGGGCCUGAACGCGCUUUCCCCUCGAACAGAGAGGAGGAUGGUGCCAGUCAGCUGCAGGCAGACGGAUGAAACUGAGCCUUGUGACGACUAAAGACAGAAUGAAAGGUGUACGUCGGUCAGAGGCUCAUUAAGGAAAGUGCCCUUCAGGAGUGUUUGAGCUUCUGCCGGUGCGUCCACGUCUGUGACUAUAAACCAACAUUUUAAAGCCCUUAAAGUAACUUGAGGUUUUUCUUUUUUUCAUGUUUUUGACCAUGUUACACUUCAUGAAGCCACUUUCACUGUAGCACUUCUAUAAAGCACUGUUGUGAGGUCAUCGCUGUGAAUUCCUAUCGAGUUUCUGUUUUCGUGUUUUGGAGUUGAUCGUUUUAUUUUACCGUUUAGAAAAUUUGAAUCAAACUCCACUUGGAGUCAUGAUCAUUCUGUGUAGUUUGUGUCACAAAAGUUUCAUGUACCACAGAUUUGCAUGUCUCAUCAGACGAUUGCAAAUGUUUCUUCUCAAAUCGCAACAAGCGUUGCUUGAAUUCUGCUGACUCGUGUCAGAAAUGUCCAAACCAAACCACAUCCCAUCAAACGUCUUAUCCAGCUCUAUCCGUUUGUCUCGUAGUUUGUUUAAUCGUGUUUUUGAUUAAACGUUUCCCAAAAAAGUUCAAAGUUUCAAAUGUAAAUUAAAAGCAGAAUAAAUGAUGGUUUAGUCAUCUUUUGAUGUAUUAAAUACAAACACAUGUUAAAGUGAGAAAAAUGCAUUUGAUGACAAAUAUACACUUGGUCAUUAAGACAGAAGCUCAUGAGGAGUUUGUCAUCUAAAUUUUAACCAUAGGGCUCAUUUUUUCAUAAUGCUCCUUGUGUCGGCGUGUCACAAAGCUGGACUGGUCACAGAUCAGUUGAACAUCUACAGCAUGUUGGGUUCCAGGAUGUGAUUUUAGCUUUAUUUUUCAGAAAUAAGAACACAUUUCUCUGAUAAGAAGCAGAUUUUUUUCUGGAGCUUGUGAUUUUGCCCUGUUCCUCCGUGACUGUUACUGAUGAAGGUUUCUGUAAAUGUUCUUUAGCGUGUGGCGAAGAACUUUUGUCUAUUUAUUAUUUCCUGAGAACAGGUGAAUCACAAAUGCUCUUCCUUUAUGUUUCACGUGAACACAUUUAUAUUUAUAUGGUUGCUUUGCUUCUAUUGUCAAACUAAAGCUUUAAUUUUUUAUGUGCUGGAGGAUUUGAUGGAGAAUUAUGUCUGUCAGUGUUUUGUUUGAUUUCUUGUGCAUU